AUGCAACAACAAGAACCUUCUGGGAUCAUACAGUAUUUACAGAAAAUUCAGCGUAAGUCUUUGUAUCGAUAUAUAUCAAUUGGUCUUAGUAGUUUGAGUGCUUUAUUGAUCAUUGCUGCAUUAAUUUCUUUAAUUAUUAUUUAUUUUAUUCAUCAUCGAAAUAAUACAAUAUCAUCUAUUUUAUCUUAUCCUAAUGUUAUAUGUAAACAACAUUCAUGUGGUUGUCCAAAUUCUAAUAAUACAACAUUAUUUAUACCUAAAAUAGUCGGUGGUGAACCAGCAUCACCUUAUAUAUAUCCAUGGCUUGUUUCAUUAACUGAACGAAAUCGAAUAGAUCCAUUUUGUGCUGGAUUUAUAAUAUCUUCAAAUAUAAUUCUUACAGCUGCACAUUGUUUAAAUAAUCGAAAAUAUAAUCGAAUACAAAUAUUAUCAAAAAUUCAUGAUUUACGAGAAUUUAAAGGUGAUCGACAUGAUAUUGAUAAAUGGAUAAUUCAUUCAGAAUAUAAAGUUAAUGAUAGUAGGCAUCUCAAUGAUAUUGCACUUAUUAAAAUAAAAAAAACAUUUGCAAAAGAUCUUCAACCUUGUUGUCUACCAAAAAAAAAGUCUAAUAAUUAUCCACGAGCUAAAACACAAGCAAUUAUAAGUGGUUGGGGAAAAACUAUAUCAAAACCAAAUAGUCAAAAUUCUCCAAUUCUUCAACAUGUUGUUAUACCUAUUGUUGAUCAUAAAAAUAUGAAAUGUAAACAAUCUAUAGCUGAUAAAUCUCGACAAUUAUGUGCUGGUUAUGAUAGUCUUUCGAUUGAUGCAUGUUCAGGUGAUAGUGGAGCUCCAUUAAUUGUUAUUGAACAUGAUGAUAAUCAAGAAUAUUUUGUUGCUGCAGGUAUUGUAAGUUAUGGUAAUAAACAAUGUGAUGCAUCAAUAUCGCCGGGUAUUUAUACACGUAUUAGCUUUUAUCUUGAAUGGAUUCAAAAAGGUUUAAUACAUUUAUAA